AUGGCACAAAUACUUCAUCGGUCAGGACGAGAUGUUCUACAACGUCUGAACCAAACGCUACUACAAAUCGACCCAUACAUUCUCCCCCCUUACCCCAACCUUUCCAUUGUUUCAGGACCACUCGAUCCGCCUCUGCUGCGAUUAACACUUUCGCAACUACUAUACCAACAAGUCGAAUUAUAUCCAACAAACGAGGCUGUCAUAAUACCGUGGACGAGUGCACGAUGGACGUACCAAAAACUAUGGGACGAAUCCAGCCUGCUUGCGCGAGCACUUUUGAAAUAUAGAGUACGACCACGAGAUCGCGUUGGGAUCAUGAGUGGGAAUUGCGAGAGGUAUAUCGCGCUCUUCUUUGCUUGUGUGAGGGUUGGUGCGAUAUGCGUCACUCUAAACAACACAUACACGGCGACUGAGACGGAGUAUGCACUGAAGCACACUAAGUGCCAAAUGCUUUUCACGUCGCCCAUGAUAGCGCGUUUCGAUAAUGGACCGCUCCUCGAAAGACUACACGAAGAGGACCUACACUUAUCCUUGCCAGACUUGAAGGCUGUGUGUCUUGUACGCGGGAACGAUGGAUUCAUUGGAUAUGAGGAGUUCAUACAGGAAGCGCAGAGCAUACCCGAUCAUAUUUUGAACAUCCUUGACUGCAUGAUAAGUCCGUACGAUGUCGCGAAUCUGCAGUUCACGAGCGGUAGUACUGGCAAUCCGAAAGCUGCCAUGUUGACGCAUCAUCCCGUUCCGCGCUGGUUGAUGGAGCGCAUGGUCCAAGAUCUCGGCAUGACAGAUUUCACAUCCAGCUACGGCCUCACGGAAGCGUCGCCGACAGUUUUCAACGCACAUACCACAGACUCACUGCACGCGCGCCUUACAACCGUCGGUACCGUGUUGCCCCAUGCGCGCGUCAAGAUCGUAGACCACCAAGAUCGCGUCGUGCCUAUCGGUGUCAGAGGCGAAUUGUGCGUCACAGGCUAUCAAGUAUGUCACGGCUAUUGGGAGAACGCAGAGAAGACGGCAGAACUGCUUGUACGAGACAAGCAGGGCGAGCUGUGGCUGCACACGGGCGACGAGGCGGUUCUCGACGUCGGCGGAUACUGCACCAUCACUGGUCGUUUCAAGGACAUCAUCAUCAGAGGCGGCGAAAACAUUUACCCCCUCGAGAUCGAAGAACGUCUAGUCCAACACCCUUCCAUCGCGCGCGCAAUCGUCGUCGGCGUAUCGCAUCCUCGCUAUGUCGAAGUCCCUGCCGCAUUUCUCCUCCGUGAAGAAGGUACGGACAAGCUAUCUCUUGAUGAGGUCAGGAGUUGGGUACGGAAAGUCCUGGGCAGACACAAAGCGCCCAUGCACCUGUUUUGGCUCGGUGAAAAUUACAGCGAUGAAGUGCCGCUCACGGGAAGUGGCAAGAUCAAAAAAUUUGUGUUGAGGGAUGUCGCAGAGGGGUUGUUGAAGAACAGGUGA